GGCAGGUAUAUAAAGGAUGGCUAAAGCAGACUACUUAGAGAAAAUGAGGGUGGAGACCUUGUCCUGUAGACGGGAACGGGGGAAGGAGCCCAGACGUGGCAACACAUUCUCAGGCUCCUGCAGGACCGCCAUGGCUUAUGAUGACUCCAAGAAAAAAGAAGAGUGCUUAGAGGGUGACCGAAGCAUUGACGACGUGGGGCUGGCAGCAGGUAGAACCCAGCGAGAGAAAAAACGCUCUUACAAGGAUCUGCUGCGGGAAGAGGAGGAAAUAGCAGCUCAGGUCAGAAAAACCUCAAAGAAAAGGUUGAAGGACAACGACCUCUUCUUCUUGGGGACAGAAUCUCAUAAGAAGAAGAGGAAGCAUUCCUCUGAUGAGUUCUUCUACGGAGCAACAGUAGCAAAAAAAUCCUCCAAGAAAUCAGGUCGAGAUGAACAAGGCUCUUUCCUCCUGGGUCAUGAGCUUCAAAGCUUCCUGAAGUCAGCUCGGAAGAAGCACAAGCCACUGCCAGACUCACAUCCACUGCCAGUCCCCGAGGAGUUUGGCCCUGACACCUCCCUGUUCUCAGAAGGUCAUGGGAGUGAAUAUGACCUUUCAAGUAUGGAGCCACCCUUGGAAUCAGGUUCAUCAUCUGGUGGGGAGCUGGAGGCCGGAGAGCUAGUGAUAGAUGACUCCUACCGGGAGAUCAAGAAGAAGAAGAAGUCAAAGAAAAGCAAGAAAAAAAAGGACAAGGAGAAACACAAGGAGAAGAAGCACUCCAAGUCUAAGAAGAGUUCUGGACUCUCUGCCUCUGUAGCAGUAGCAGAAGUUAUGGUGACACCACCGCCACUCCCUCCACCCAGCACUCCAUUUGUCCUUCCUGUGCCUCCCCCCCCACCUCCUGUUUUCCACACAGAUGGACAAAGUGAGAAGAAAAAGAAAAAAGAAGAGAAGGAGAAGGAAAAAGCUGAGAAAGCAGAAAAGGAUAAAGAAAAGCCAAAGAAGAAGAACAUGUCUGCCUACCAAGUGUUCUGUAAGGAAUAUCGAGUGACCAUUGUGGCUGAGCAUCCAGGGAUAGAUUUUGGGGAGUUGAGCAAAAAACUAGCAGAAGUGUGGAAGCAGCUGCCUGAAAAGGAUAAACUGGUUUGGAAGCAGAAAGCUCAAUAUCUGCAGCAUAAGCAGAAUAAAGCAGAGGCCACAACAGUGAAGAGGAAGGCAUCCUCAUCAGAGGGUGCCCCAAAAGUGAAAGCUUCCCCCGCAGGUAUGCUUUCACCUCAUAAGAAGUCCCCCUCCAGCACUGUGGUGUUAUCCUCCUCACCAGCCAAAGCCCCUGAUACAGAUCCCAUUGAUGUAGCUGCACAUCUGCAGUUGCUGGGUGAAUCUCUGAGCCUCAUUGGACACCGGCUGCAAGAGACAGAGGGGAUGGUGGCUGUAUCAGGAAGUUUGUCAGUACUUCUAGAUUCUAUUAUCUGUGCCCUGGGCCCUUUAGCAUGCCUGACCACACAACUACCUGAGCUGAAUGGCUGCCCUAAGCAAGUUCUGUCAAACACACUAGACAACAUCGCCUACAUCAUGCCUGGACUCUGACAAGAAAGGACCCUGGGAUGUAUCUGCGUCCACGUUACUGACUUGUGUACAUAGGCACUAUACCGGCACUCUCUAAGGGCUCCGUGUGCAGGAUUUUAAAGUUUUAUAUCUGUAUAGUAUACACAUAGGAUUGUAAUUAUUUCACUUUUAUUAAUUUUAUGAAAAGUUGUGACAUAAGCUGAGCGAAUCUUUUCCUGUUGGUGGGAGAGACCUACUCUAUGUAUUCUCCAGUCAGAAGGUUUUUUCGUGGUUGAGUCAUAAAACUUUUGAUAUAUCAGCCUUAAAUUCAAAGAAGCCUUUCUGGGGAAUUGGCCUGAGCACAGACUGGCUGUUGAUGGACAGGUGCACAGGCUUGUUUGUUUUGGACCAAGCAAUAGUGCUGGACUCAUCACCAGCCCUGUUUCUAACUUCUAUUGAAAUGCACUGCUUUGGGGGAGGACUGGAUCGGUGAUGGAAGAUAAAGGCUUUGACUUCUAAGUCAUUUCUUCCAACCCCCAGGUCAUUAGUGUUACUGUCUGCUGACUGCCUGGUAGCUUACGUUAAAAUAGUUGCGGGAAUGGUGAAGAAUCUGUACUCUUCUAGUGGACUUGCACCUACAUCAUCAUCAUCACUAGAUGCCAACCUCAGAAGACGGCCAAUGGACUGAGGAGAAUGAACCACCCUCUUAAUUUCUCCAGAUCAGGGCUGUACCACCCUGGUGGGAAGGAGAGGGCAAUAUGUAGGAGAAACGUGCACUGCCUCUGCCCAUCUGUACCUGUUUUGUGGGUAGAGGACUUUGUUUCUAAGAGCGUUGAUCCCAUCAUCCCUUUCACCAGCAGUAUUGAAAAAGAUUUAUGGAACCCUCCGGGUGCUGCUGGAUUAUCUAGAGACAGUGCUUAUUAGAUUUUAUUUAACAGUUGUUAAAGAUUGAAGAGGUUCUUGCUGAGCAGAACUUGGGUUGAGUGGACAGAUCCCACUUGAGCUCCCUCUUCUCCAAAGUGAGCUGCAGGAAAGCAUUUGAUUCUCAUGUAAGUAUGCGUGUGUAUGCGUGGUGUAUUUAACUUUUACCAAUAUCUGUAAUAGAUUUUAAUUUAUCCUGUAUAUUUCUGUGUGUGUGUAUAUAUAUAUAUGUGUGUGUGUGUGUGU